UUACGAGAGCUACCACGUUGCAAUAAGUUUUUACCGUGUAACUUGUAAUAAAAUUGGGUUGCAUGCACGCCAAACGCACUUUAAGACACUUGAGUGCCUCAAAACCAACAGUAAGCCAUAAGCUUCGCAAAUAGAAAGUUAAGUGAAAACAAUGCUUUGGCAAAAGCUGCUGCUGAUCAAUCUUCAAAUAAUCCUCGCACUGCAGUGCAUCGCCACCAAUCCGGUCGAAGUGGACGUGGACGAACUGAAGGCGCAAAUUAGCAGUCAUCUGAGCUAUACAGCACGUCGGCUGGUACGCAUUCAACAGAAUGUCGACGAAAAGUAUGCUAUUGAAUUGGAGCAACUGUUGGCGCGUUAUUUAAAAGCCGCCAAUGCGGAGGAUCCGCUGGUCGAGGAGAAGCAGCUACUGGAGUACGAAGGGGAGCAACGGCAGGCGUUUAUGGCUUAUGUAAAUCUGCAGUAUGACGAGCAAUUCCUGAACGAGGACAUACGCGUACAAGAGUGGAGCAUGCGCACGCUGAUGUCGGAGUUGAGCGGUCCGUUGGCUGAGGAAAUCGAGAAAGUCUUGCCAGCUUAUGAGAGUGCUGUGAAGAUUGAUGAUUUCGACCAGAAAUAUACUGCUUUCACCGGCAUACAGGAGACAUUUUCGUCGGCGCUGUGGCAGCUCAUCGACGCGGAACCAGAGGAGGAAGCGGUGCUCAAUGUGCAGCUAAAGUUCUUUAAGGAGUUUUUGAUAUAUCUGCAGAAGCAGGAAGAUGCUGCGUCUUUCACCGGAAUGAUUAAAGAUACAUUAAAUAUUGUGGAUUCGGCGCUCACGAGUGCGGAUCUGAAGCAAAAGAUGGAUGUGCUAGACAGUUUUGAUGAUUUGACGACGAAAUUCCGGCGGUAUUUGGAUUAUAAGGUGCUGGAAUUUCAGUUCGAUCGAUUUGGACAGUGAAUUCGCGGUCUAGUGAUUUUGUGUUCAGUGUGUUAAGGAUAUUCGAAAAUAGUGUGUUAAAAAAUUGGAGCAUUGAUUCGGAGUAAUUAAAUUAAUUAAUCAAAAACAGUUAUUUUUUUUAAAUUGUCACAUGUUUUUUCUUGUGUAAUCAGAUUUAGUGUUCUGUAACACUGGGUCUGCCGUGCCGAGUUAACGAAUAUCAUCAAGCGAUUUUCAACAAUUUUCUAAUUACUAAGGGAAAUAAAAAGUUGCUAAAACAUUUUUCAAUGAAAAGUUUCGCCAAAAUAUGCACCAAAAGUUCAAACAAAUACUUAGAAAUAGUAAAAUAUAAUGAUUUAGAAAAUACAUAAAACGGAAAUAUUUUGUUUUACUUACACUUAAUAAUACCCUAUUGGUUGUGUACGAGCACAUAUAAUUAUUUCAAUGUAAGGUUACGAAAAUUUUCCAAUAAAAUAUAAAUAUUGGCAUAGUAGCUUAUAUUUUCAACCAAAUGGGUGACGCAAGUAUA